AUGCCCAACCACGCCAUCAACAACUCCCAGCACCACUCCCAGCACCACUCCAUCGACGACACCAUCAACUACUCCAUCGACCACUCCAUCGACCCCUCCUUCAACCACUCCUUCAACCACUCCUUCAACCACUCCUUCAACCACUCCUUCAACCACUCCUUCAACCACUCCCUCAACCACUCCCUCAACAACCCCAUCAACCAACCCCUCCACAACCCCCUCCACAACAAGCAGCACACCCCCAACACCAACCUGCAUCUACGCCGGAGCCCCCAACCGCCAACAAGACGGCCUCAUCACCGCCUCCAGCGCACUCGACUGCAAAGCACAAUGCAUACAGAGAGGAGGACCCGUACCUUGCUUGGCAUUCACCUAUACAUCUCUCGAGACGAAGAGCACAAUUGUUUUACGUUCAAUUUUCGGUUGAAUUUACCGGAGGAGUUGGUUUAUGUGCUGGGGUAUUUUGGUGGGAAUGCGGAGUUGCAUCAUGAUCCGCCCGAAUAA